AUGGUGAUGGACACAAGCACGCUGGAGCGAAUAACCACCCUUUUUCAGGCGCGUGCACGUGGAUACCUAACAAGAUACGAAGUCCGACGUGCGCGGGAGGAUUUUGAGGAGAUCGUGAAUGAGAUAGAUGGAAAUCUGUCCCAAUUAAACUGGACUGAGAAGAUUAUCUCCACCCCCCACUUCGCAGAUACUGCAGGUCCACGUCUUCGUCCUGGCAUCUGUUCUCGCGAGACUUCAGGGCCAGGAUUACAUGUCAGUGCUGCCCAGAGCUCAAUAUAUUUAAUAGAAGAGAGAGGCGAGCAAAGUUCCCUGAUUGAGAGAGAAGAAGCCGAGCGAGACAAGUCACCAGAGUGCUUACCCAGCAGCUCUGUGAGAGGAGAUGGAAAAGGACAGAGACAGGACUCUGCUGGGAGGACAGAUGGAGGGAUGAUGGAGAGCACAGGACGGUCCUCCUCCAUCUGGAGCAGUUUGGAGCUCGACAUGAGCAGUCACCCUCAUAAAGGUUCUCAGCAACGCUGUCUUGCACAGGAGGUGCCCCGUACCCCAGAGGCCCUGCGUCUCCAUAGAAACACACUGACCAUGGAGCUUCUGUGGCUCCAGCAGGCCAUUGACAGCAGGAAAAAGUACUUAUCACUAAAGGACAGACUGAGCGUCUCCUGACAGCAAAAACUAACGUGAACUGGACUUGAAAAUUCAGGACUCCUGUCACUACUGUCUCUCAACUCAAGAUGUGAGAAACAUUACAAACAAACAGCAGUACUUCUCUGCACACCCUCAUUAGAUUCCUGUUUUUGUUUUCUAGUAAUUUAGCUUAUUUUCCUUAGUUGUACUAUGUUCUACAUAUUUCUGUAGAUAUUGUUUGUUUCAUUAUAGGAGGAGCGUCGACAAGCCCUUAUGGUUUUUUUGGUUCCUCCUGCACAUUUUCUGUUA